AUGUCCGCAGAGUCCAUGUCUCUGAAGCGCGCCCGCGAAGGCUCCAUUGAUCCAGGAGCGAGCGAGACGCCGAGCAUCACGCCUAUCGCAGCCAAGAAGAACCGUCUCGAAGAGGACACGGCCGCCGACACGGACGACGAGACCACGGCGGCCAACUCGACUGCGCCGGCUAUCGAGGGCCAGACCGUUGGCGAGGUGCGCAAAAAGGUCGAGGAGAUGACCUGGAAGGAGGGCGACCCCAAGCCCAAGCCGCAGCCAGAAAACCAGUCCAUCGCCGAGGAGGACGAGGGCGACAAGUCGGUGGAUGGCAACGACGAGUCCAAGGGAUCAAACGAUGGAGGAGACAGCUCGGACUGGGUCAAGGUCGACAAGCCCGAGGCGCCAGCGUCCGACGAGGGCGGCGCAGACUCGGACACUCCAUCCCUCAAGCGCAAGGCCGGAGACGACGUCGAGGCUGCGUCGCCUGGUUCAGACGAGAAGAAGCGCAAGUCGCCUGCGCCCGCCGAGACGGCGUCGUCGUCUAGCACCACCCCCGCUGCUGCCGCUGUUGAGCCACCAAAGAAGCCCAUGGCGACGUUUGGCGCGUUCAGCUCCAAGGCAUCUCCCUUUGCCUCUGCCCGCUCGGCAUCGCCCUUCGCUUCCGCUGGCGGCUCUGCAUCUCCCUUUGCGUCUGUGAGCGCGUCCCCAUCGCCGUUUGGCAGCGCGGCUGCCAAGGCCACCACCGCUGGCCCGUCGGCUCUUGACGGUGCCGCUGCUGCCCCAGCGACUGCGGCGCCCGCACUGGCCAAGCCGGCAUCCUCUGCGUCUGGGUUCUCGGCAUCUGGCUUUGGCAGCUACUCGUCUGCGUUCAGCCCGUUUGCCAAAAAGCCCGAGGCGACAGAGGAGACGGCCAAGACUGAGGCUGCGUCGUCGACGUCGUUUGGUGACAUUCUGAAGGAGAAGGGAAACGACGACGACACAGAGGAGAAGAAGGUCACGCUUGACAGGCAAGAUGUGCAUACCGGCGAGGAGGAGGAGGAGACUGUGUACCAGACGCGCGUCAAGCUGUACGCCAUGGAGGGUAACGCGUGGAAGGAGCGCGGCGUCGGCGCCCUCAAGCUGAACAAGAAGCGUGCAGACGGCACACAUGCGCGUCUCGUGAUGCGCGCCGAGGGAGUCCUGCGCGUCAUCCUGAAUGCGUCGCUGUACGUCGGUAUGACCUGCUUGGAAGACGGCAAGCACGUCCGCACCACCGUGUUCGAGGGCAAGGAGCGCAGGCACAUUACGUUUAGGACUGCGUCGCCAAAGGUCGCUGCCGAGCUCUCUGCUAUCAUCUCAGAGCACACGCCGCUCGAGUCGCGCAAGACGGCGUCGCCAGAGGCGCCCCGGGCAGCCGACAGCGAGGUGUAA